CAGACGGCGGCGCAAUACGGCGCGCGCGGUCCACACUGCAGUGGUGUCCGACCACACCGCGACGCGUAGCGCAAACACUAUAAACUGCGUAUUUAUAUGUCGUCGUCCGACCGCACGGGGACAGCGGGAGACGCGGCCGCGCCGCCGCCGUACGAGGUGGCCGAGUCGCCGGAACUGGGCCGUCACUGGGUGGCCGUCCGGGACAUCGCGGCCGGCGAGGUGGUGCUCGAGGAACGGCCGCUGGUCGUCGGCCCCAAGGCCGGAUCGCCGCCCGUCUGCCUGACGUGUUACGCGCCCGACGCCGGUUACAGGUGUUCGGCGUGCGGGUGGCCGGUGUGCGGGCCGCGGUGCCAGGCCGCGCCCGUGCACCGGGACGCCGAGUGCCCGCUCAUCGGCGGCCAUUACGACGGCCGCCGGUCGGCCGCGUACUGCUUCGUGACGCCGCUCCGGUGUAUGCUGCUUAUGCACCAGCCGGACGGCCGCCGGGCAGCGGAAUUCCGGUCGUUACAGUCGCACCUGGACGACAGGCUGGACACGCCGCUGUACCGGGCGUACGCGGUCAACGUGGCCGCUUUCGUGCUGGACCGGCUGGGCCUGCGGUCCGCGGGCUACGCUCACGACCACCGGUCCGCCCUCGAAGCGGCCGCCGUGCUGGACACAAACGCGUUCGAGGUGCGUCGACCGGGUGGCCGGAAGUUCCGGGCGGUGUACGCGCGCGCGUCCUUGAUGGCCCACUGUUGUACGCCAAACACCAAACACGUGUUCGUCGGCGACGCGGCCGACGGUCAGCCGACCAUCCGCGUGGUGGCCACGGUGCCCAUAGCUCGCGGCCGCUCCGUCACGGCCACGUACACGCAGACGCUGUGGAGCACGCGCGACAGGCGCCGGCACCUGUCGGCCGCUAAGUGUUUCGAGUGCACGUGCGCGCGGUGCACCGACCCCGAGGAACUGGGCACGCACAUGGGCUCGGCGGCGUGUGGCGGCCAGUGCCCGGGCGGUAGGGCCACGGCCGCUGGCCGGUGGCUAUGUGCGACUUGUGGACGACCCGCCGCCGACCCCGAGGCGGUUCAGGCGGUCCACGCCGUCGGAGAGCUUUCCAAGACUCGCGAUUGCGCCGGUUUCGAACAGUUCUUGGAACGGGUCCGCGGCGGAACGAUGCCGCCGCUGCACGACAACCACCACGUCGCGGUGGGAGUCAAGUACGCGCUGGCCCAGUUGUACGGUGACCGAAUUUCGGAUUUGACAGCGAAACAACUGGGAAACAAUACGGAUAUAUGCGAACAACUGUUGCGACUGGCCGACGUCCUGGAACCGGGAAUCACGCGAUUCCGGGGACUUCUGCUCUACUAUCUGGUUCGCGGUCUCAAACAGCUAAAGCGGAUGAAACAUAGACGGAACUACGACGAGAUGAUCAAGAAUUAUGCCAGAGAAGCGGUGCUCAUUUUGAAAACCGAACCCGAUUUGAUACAUUUGGUUGAACAGUUACAAUGACGACGAAUGCCUUAAAAUGUUUAUACUUUGGUCGCCGCCAAGUGUAAACGCCGUAGUACAUUAUUAUAAUAGCAGUGUUCCAUUUACGUUAUGCAUAUAAUCGAUAGCACUUUUUUUUUUUUUUUAUCGCUAUUGUC